ACACCCGAUGGAUGUGUUGCUUGGUUAAAUCGUGUGUUGAAACUCGGCGUGAUAUAUUAUGUGACGGAAUUUUGACAAUACGUAUUAUAAUAACAGCAGCCAAGUUGUCGAAUUUCUAUUAUAUCUUUCAGUGUACAAUUAAAAUCGAAGCAUCAAAAAAAAAGUUUAAUAUUCACUUUUUUGUUUUUUUUUUAUACAGAAAUAUUUUUGCAUAUUAUAAAUUACAACAUCAGUUAAAACAAAGAGAAGAAAGUGAAUGCGCUGAGCAUGGUAACAAUGUCAUCAUUUUUCAAUCCUUUGGCCAUCUACUGCCAGCCACAAACACAGACGGGUAAUCAACAAUUUAAUCAGCAACUACAACAUCUUUCACCACCACAUCCUACGCAAGAACAACCUACUGCUAGUGCAAUGGCUUCGAUCGGGCGAACAAUUGAAAUCGAUCAACAAUGCUGGUAUGGUUACCCCCAUCCCCAUCAUCAUCAUCAUAAUCAUCAUCACCAACAUCUCCAAUCUGUCCCUGAGGAGCAUCAUUCUGACGUUAUUAUGUGGCAACCACAUGCCCAUGCUUAUUCACAUCUUCAUCGUCAACAUCAUUCGAUUACAUAUCAGCACCAUCCAGAACAUCCAACUCCGAAUGGAACAAUCGUGUGGAGUGAAGAUAGGGGUAAUAAUAAUCUCGCCGUCGACACAAGUGAGCUCAGUCCUCCGAUCACGGCGAGUGAAAGUGAAAUCAGUUAUCCCAGUACACCUUUAUCACCAAUUAAGAAUAAUAACAUUCCACAUGUUUCAAGCUACAAUAAGAACAAUAAUAAUAAUGAUGAUAAUAAUAACAAUGUUAAUAAUACCCGUAACAGCUUUGUUUCUUCAAAUCCUGUGAGACCAACACAAAUGCGAAGUCCAUAUGAGUGGCUGAAAAAAACAUCAUACCAAAACCAACUAAUUCCAGGAAAAACACGAACGAAGGACAAAUAUAGAGUAGUUUACACCGAUUAUCAAAGGGUUGAAUUAGAAAAAGAAUUUCAUUACAACAAAUACAUUAACAUAAAAAGGAAAGCGGAACUGUCAGUAAAUCUAGGAUUGUCCGAAAGACAGGUUAAAAUUUGGUUUCAAAAUCGGAGAGCAAAAAACAGAAAACAAAUAAAAAAACGUUUGGAGCUUGAACAGAAAGGCAUCAAACUAGAUCCUGGUGGUCCCAAGAGUGAAAUUGUAGCAUGUUCAGUACCUGAAGGAAGUGAAGAAGUAUUAAAUAGAUGUGUUUAUCAAAAUGAUUCACCUAAUUUUAAGACACCAGCUCACUCUAUGCCUUAUGGUCAGUCGUUGCUCCAACCUCAUAUGUAUCAACACACGCAUCUCAACAAACUUCUUGGUUUGUGAUUAAAAACGUGAAACAAUAUUGAAAAGAAUUUUCGACCAUGAGUAAUCAAUCGGAUUUCUGUGUCAAAAUUAAUGAAUUCAAAUAUUGUACCAUGACAAAAUAUGUAUGUAAACAGCAAAUUAUUUUUAGAGAUAAUAUGAAGAAUUAAAGGUGGAUAUAUUUAUCGUUCGAACCCAAGCUGAAAUCAUGAAGUUUUUUUACUGAAAAGACCAUCAUCUUCUCAAGUAAGACGGCUGUCCUGCAUGAUUAUCAUCCAAACGACCUCACUGGAAACUUGAUUAAAUUCUGAUCCGGGCUAGAUCAUUAUACCUUAAGUGAACCUAAAUAGGGUAAUCUGUUUCGAUCCUAAACAAGAUAACGUAGGUUUACCUAAAGAAAUAACUAUUAGGGCUUACCUGAUCCAAUCCGGACCACCAUCCUAUUGGGAUAAAAAAGUUAAUUUUUUUUUUUCAAAUUUACUCGUCUAGUAUGCCAUUAAGUACAUCCUUACAUACACCUGGCCAACUGAUAUUUUUUAUUAAUAUUUUUAUUCAAUUAUAUUACUAUUAUUAUUGUUUAUGGAAAAAAUAAAAGUAAAUAAUUCAA